AUGAACGAUGCUUGGUUUCAACAACGCAGAGAAAAGCCUAGCCUUACCCUCUUGGAACUCUUGAUAUCGCGAAGAGGUCUAGGCGUUACAAAUCCUGCGGACUAUAUAUACGCCCAUAUUGGCCUUGCCGCGGAUGAUUGGACCUCAUAUGUCACUGUUGACUACUCAAAAUCGACUGUCAGACUUUUUGAAGAGCUCGCAGUGCACUGGUACGACACCGGAGAAAGCCAACUUCUAUCGCAGUUAAACAAUACGUCAAAAGGCAGAGCUCAAGGACCUUCAUGGGUUCCCGAUUGGUCCAUUCCAGCAUGUGUGGCACCGAAGAGUUUUGAUCGUAAUAUCAACACUCGACAGCCACUGCGUCGCACAGAUGGAAGAUAUCGAGUUUUUCUGCCAGAGCGACACAUACUCGCAUGGCUGGCGCGACAACAUAGGAAGAUUACACGUAUCAGCAUCCCCUUGAAUGGGGCUCUUAUACACCAGUCAAAGAGAGAAGCCUUCACCAGACGUUUGGCCACUUUGGAAGCGUCUUGCCAAGAGUUUGGAUUUGAAGACUCGCAUUACAAUUACUAUAACUAUAAAGCGAAGAUCUGAAUAAAGACUUUCCGCGAUAUUUACCAGGAUGUCUAUACUGCUUGGCAAGAGGCCGUUAAUGAUCACCUAAUCCUACCUCCUGUAUCUAUAACCGACGAUUGGAAUCAUAGAGACAAGAGGCUAUGGGAGACCAUUAAGUUGUUUUUCUGCCCAGACGAAGACUACAACCCGAGCUUACAUGAUUCCAAUUCUCAUAGGCUGGAUUUCAUGUAAUUAUAUUCUCCCACUUGUAUGUGUUAGAAAUACUAAAGUUUUAUAGAGAAUACACUGAUUAUUGUAUCACCGAUCUUCUGAUUCAGUAUUUCGUUCCUGGGUUUGACAAACGGAUUAUUGACAACAAAGUUCUCAUGUCGGCAAUGCCGGGUACUAAAUUCUGGCCCACACUGCUUUGGCUAGGCCCAAAAAUGGCGCAAGUUGAUGAUAUGAUUUACAACUUCUAUUCAUCUGAACCUUUUCACGGAACAUGUUAUAUUCGCUUCCUCGUGCGCCCCUGCAAGAAUGCCGACGCAUUGAUUAGCAAAGAGGGAGAAGACGAGAUCACGAAAAGUUUGGUUGCAAGAUCCCAAUUCACUCCCCCGGUAAUGGUUUGCUCAAUGAUUGGUCUGUGUUAUGGACCUGUGUCAUCAAACAGAACCACCGGCUUUCCCUCGAGAUAUUUUCAACUCGACAGAGAUGACUGUAUCCUCGCAAUUGUUUGAAGGGAGCCUGAUUAGUUCGCAUAUUCUAAUGCUACCUGUUUUGCCUGAAACCUUUGUACGAAUGUUAGAUCUAUUAAUUUUCUGAAUUCAAGUGUGUCAGGUAGAGCUCAAAAGGGUUUCCG